GAUUUUGUUUGGCUUGCCUUUUUCUUCGUCAAUGUACGCGAAGUAAACACAGAUCGAAAUGCCAAAUACACGUAGGAACAAAGCAAAGACUUCAAAAGCUGCAUCGGAGAUAACUGCUCCAACUAGUGCUAAACGCAGACGUAGAGGCAGGGAAAACUCACGCGAAGGGGUGGAAAGUAAAAGUGUAGAAAGAAAUAAUGAUUUAACAAGCCAAAGUGCCAUUAAAGGAACUGAAAAUGGCAGUAAACCUAUGCCUACAACAAGACUCAGACCAGCAACUAGGAAAAGAGAAGUAUCACUGGAGGAGAGAAAGAGCCAGCAUGAUAAAAUAGAUAGUGGCAGAGUGGAUUUUGAAGAACUAACUUUCACACCAAGAUCUCCAACAAACUUACGAGAAAGGAAGAAUAGAAAAUGUAGAAAUUCAAAAAAGAACAGUCAGAAUGAAGAUAACACUAUCUCAUCACCUUCACAUCCAAAUGAUGAGGAGCCGAGCCAAAAAAGUGGCAAGAAAUGUCAAAUUCAACAAACCAAAGAGAAAAGAGAUACACUUACAUUUAAUAAAAAACCUAUUACACUUGACAAAGUUGGUUGCAAUAGGAACAAAAGAAAGAGAAAAUGUGAAGAUGCAGUUGCCAUAGAAAUAAAAAAAGAUAAAGAUGAUCAAGGGUCAACAGGUGUUGGUGGAAGAUGUGAUGCAAGUACAUCUGAGAAGUUUCCAAGAAGAGACUGUUCCAAGGAACAGAUGAGUAGUGGUGAUACAGAAGUUACCAUGGAAACAAAUGAGAAAUCUGAUGACUCAUCAGAUGAAAGUGACUGGGAAGAAGUGGAAGAAUUAAAGGCAGAACAAUUAGUUGCUCUGAAAUCUCAGCUGCCAGAGAAGCCAUUGGAAAUUACAGUUGACAUGCCGGAAUCCAUGAAGAUGAAAAGAAGGAAGAAAUAUGAAUGUGAUUUGCUUGCAUAUUUUCGACGUCAAAUGAAUCGAUACAAUAAAGAACAACGAAUUGAGCUGCAUAAGGUUCAUUUGUUAUGUCUUGUUGCCAGUGGUUUCUAUCAAAAUGAAGUUUGUAAUGAUGUGACACUGACUGCAAUAGCUCUAUCUAUGCUACCACAGCAUUUCAUACAGAAAAAGACAAACCAGUGGGGUGUUCCACUGUUAACAAGGCUACUCAAAUGGUAUAUACAUGACAUUUAUUUCUGUACAUGUAAAUAUAAUCCAAAUCUAUCAAGUGAAACUACUAACUUGGGUGACAAACUGAUACAAAGGUUUGAGAAUAAUAUGAAAGUUGGUUCUGAAAUGGAAUUGGUUCAUAUUUUUGUAAUCUUUCUGCGAGUUCUUCAGCUGGACACAAGGCUUGUCUUAUCGCUUCAACCAAUGUCAUACAAAGUUUCAAACUCUCCGAACAAAGCUGGCUCAAAAAGAAAAACGUUGAAUGAAAAGGAUGCGAAAGAUAAGAAGAAUUUAAAAAAAAGUAAAAUGAGUCAGAGUUUGAAGAAAAAUGAGGAAAUCUCAGAAGAAGACGUUGACAAACCAUCAACCAGCAAACCCUCACAUCAGCAGCAGGAAGAAGUUGUUAGACCUCCAAGAAAAAGAACACUGAGACCAAAAAAUGAUAGAAAGAGAUCUUAUGCUUCCAAGAUACAACUUGAUAUUGAGAGUGAUGAUGGAGAGAUGUCUUCUGAAGAGGAUGUUUAUGUUGUGAGUUCAAGUGAUGAAUCGGAAGAAGAAUGUACAAGUAGAAAAAGAGGAAAAAAUGUGAAGAAAAAUGUCAGUACUAUAAAGAAAUCUGUGGAAUGUACAGAUAGCAAGAAGAGUCCAAGAACAAAAACUGUGAAACGAAGCUCUACAGACACUAGUUUGAUUGAAGCAAAUUCAGAUAGUGAUUUUGAACCAGAGAUUAUCAACUUAGCAAGUGGACCUAGGAAUACGUCACCAAAGGCUACCUCUAAUUCUAAGUCAAAAGAUUCACAAAGAAUUAAGACAGGUCGUGAUCAAUGGGUAGAAGUCUAUUCUCUAGACAGUAAUGAAUGGAUUUGUAUAGAUUGUGUCACGUCAACUAUUGCUCAACCAGAUGCAUGUGAAAAAAUGGCAACACACCCAUUGUCUUAUGUCCUUGCUUUUGACAAUGAUAACCAUGUGAAAGAUGUUACAAGUCGCUAUGCGUCCAAGUGGAUGUCACAUACCAGAAAACAGAGAGUGGAUGAGGAAUGGUGGCAGCAAACAUUGACUCCAUAUCAGUUAAAAGAUAAAGACAAGAGUGAAAAAGAAGACUUGGCCUUACAAGUGCAAUUACAGCAACAGCCGAUGCCAACAAGUGUUGCUGAGUACAAGAAUCAUCCCUUAUAUGCCCUGAAGAGACAUUUGUUGAAGUUUGAAGGAUUUUAUCCUGAAAAUCCAAAAGUGUUGGGAUUCUGUAGAGGAGAGCCAGUCUAUGCCAGAGAAUGUGUUCAUACGUUACAUACCAGAGAGACAUGGUUGAAAGAAGGACGUGUAGUAAGAGUGGGUGAAAAGCCUUAUAAGCUGGUGAAAGCUCGGCCCAAACCAAAAAAGAAAUACCAAGACACAGUGAAGAAUGAGGAACCAACAGUUCCUGUCUUUGGACGAUGGCAAACUGAAGAAUACGAACCACCACUAGCGGUUGAUGGCAAAGUGCCAAGAAAUGAACAUGGUAAUGUGGAGUUAUUUCUGCCGAGAAUGUUGCCUAAAGGAACAGUUCAUUUACAAAUUCCUGGUUUGAAUCGUGUUGCCAGAAAGUUAAAUAUAGAUUGUGCACAAGCAAUGAUUGGAUGGGAUUUCCAUGGCGGAUACUGCCACCCAUUAUUUGAUGGUUUUGUUGUAUGUGAAGAACAUCAAGAGAUGUUACUGGAUGCCUGGCAACAAGAUCAGCAGGAAACAGAAAGAAAAGAACGUGAGAAAAAAGAGAAGAGAGUACUGAAACACUGGAAGCUAUUAAUUAAAGGAUUACUAAUUAGAGAAAGGCUGAAGAAACGAUUUCAGACAGAGGAUAACUUGGUGCUGCCAUCAACAUCGAGUAAUGUCAAAGAAUCAGCUGCUCCAGAUUUACAGAUGUCAUGGCCUCUCAAUAAACAACUGCCAAAAACUGAUCAAAAUAAUUUAUUUCCAUUUGAGAAACUCUAA